CUUUGUGCUUCAUACUUUCAGUUUAGAGCAGCUCUCUGAAGAAAGCAGACGUACGCUCUCUGAGAAUCAAACUACCAAAGAAGAAGAGAUCCAACAUGAUGCUGUAUCUGUGUCUAGCGGCUCUGGUAGCCAUCUCCUGUGCAGAGGAGUCCAAACAUGUUCCACCCAAGGUGCAGGUGUACAGCUAUAAACCUGGACAGUACGGGGAGGAAAACAUCCUGAUCUGCCACGUGAGCGGCUUCCACCCCCCUGACAUCAAGAUCCAGCUGAUGGAGGAUAAAAUGGAGCUUCCCAACGCCAAACAGACCGACCUGGCCUUCAAACAGGGCUGGCACUUCCAUCUGACCAAGAACGUGGCCUUCACACCUAUGACUGGAAAGGAGUACUACUGCAAGGUCACUCAUGGAGCGAUUGAGAAAGACUACAGCUGGGCCACAAGCAUGUAACUGCCAGCGGAGCUCUGAUUGAGUGACUCCAGAUGUUUUGCUCCCGUCUCCAGCAGCGAUUGUUCUUCACAUCACCAAUCACCAAUCAACAGGAUCAGCUUCUAUCGGCUUUCUCACUUUUCUGUUUUUUUAUUCACAAAACAUCAAUAUCAUCAUAUUGAGGGGAAUAUUCACUUAUUGUUAGAAUGAGAGGAUAUGCUGCAAAGGGCUGCGGGGCAUUUAGUCAUUUGUAAUUUAGUAGUGUGUUGCUUAAAGAUCUUCUAGCUUUUGAUACUGAAUGUGUGUAACUGAAGAGAUGAAACGUGUUUUAACUGAAGAGAUGAAACGUGUUUUAUCUGAAGAGAUGAAACGUGUUUUAACUGAAGGAAUGAAAUGCUUUGUUAAUAUUGGUUUUAAUGACUAUAAAACUCUUUCUUCUACCUAAACGAGGCGAUCCAAUGCUGAUUGGUCAGAUUAAUAAAACAUGAAUAGGGUGUUCUUUCUGGACCACACGUGUGUUCUACCAGUUUGAUUUGUUAUUUAAUGUAUUUUGUUAACACCCGAUACUAAAUAAAUGCCUCUUAAAACCCC